GGGCGGGCCGGGGAGGUGGCGGAGCGCGCUGGUGCUGAUGCAGGAUGGCUGAGCGCGCAGGAGCCCGGGAGGUCUGAGCCGGGCGAGGCUCGCUCCCAGCGCAUCGCCUAGUCCGCCGGCCGCGUGGUCGCGGGCAGGUGGGCCCGGAGCGCUGCGCCCGGCCGGGGCCAGGCCAGGGAAGGCAAGUCUGCAGGACCGGAGGGGCCGGAGGCUUAUAGAAACCUACCCUGUCUGGGAGCGGCCCGAGCUGCCCAGCCCGCCGAGUUCGCGAUGACCUGCUGAGAAGCUUCGUUGGAGGCUGCAGGCGGUGCGGUUCGUGGCCUCCUCCCUCGUCCUGCUGAGCCCCGGCCCCCCACCCUUCCCCGCUCCCCCUCCCUGCCGCCGGCCGAGAUGGCGGAUCCAGCCGAAUGCAGCAUCAAAGUGAUGUGCCGGUUCCGGCCCCUCAACGAAGCAGAGAUUCUCCGAGGGGACAAAUUCAUCCCCAAAUUUAAAGGCGAUGAGACCGUGGUGAUUGGGCAAGGGAAGCCAUAUGUCUUCGAUAGAGUGCUGCCUCCCAGCACGACCCAAGAGCAGGUUUACAAUGCGUGUGCAAAGCAAAUUGUCAAAGAUGUCCUUGAAGGUUACAAUGGGACGAUUUUUGCCUAUGGACAGACCUCGUCAGGAAAGACACAUACCAUGGAGGGGAAGCUACAUGACCCUCAACUCAUGGGGAUCAUCCCAAGGAUUGCCCAUGACAUCUUUGACCACAUCUAUUCCAUGGAUGAAAACUUGGAGUUUCACAUCAAGGUUUCCUAUUUUGAGAUCUACUUGGAUAAAAUCAGGGACUUACUCGAUGUAUCCAAGACGAACUUGGCAGUUCAUGAAGAUAAAAACAGAGUCCCGUACGUAAAGGGGUGUACCGAGCGGUUUGUGUCAAGCCCAGAGGAGGUCAUGGAUGUGAUAGAUGAAGGCAAAGCAAACCGACAUGUGGCUGUCACAAACAUGAAUGAACACAGCUCUAGAAGUCACAGUAUCUUCCUGAUUAAUAUUAAACAAGAGAAUGUAGAGACGGAAAAAAAGCUCAGUGGGAAGCUUUAUCUAGUUGAUUUGGCUGGGAGCGAAAAGGUCAGCAAGACUGGUGCCGAGGGAGCUGUUCUCGAUGAAGCUAAAAAUAUCAAUAAAUCUUUGUCUGCUCUUGGAAACGUGAUCUCGGCCUUGGCAGAAGGGACAAAAACACACGUGCCAUACCGGGACAGCAAGAUGACUCGGAUUCUUCAGGACUCUCUGGGUGGGAACUGUAGAACCACCAUUGUUAUUUGCUGUUCUCCCUCUGUCUUCAAUGAGGCUGAGACCAAGUCAACACUGAUGUUUGGGCAAAGGGCUAAGACCAUCAAGAAUACAGUCUCUGUGAACCUGGAACUGACAGCAGAAGAGUGGAAGAAGAAAUACGAAAAGGAGAAGGAGAAAAACAAGACUCUGAAGAAUGUCAUCCAGCAUCUGGAGAUGGAGCUGAACAGAUGGAGAAACGGAGAAGCUGUGCCCGAGGAUGAACAGAUCAGUGCUAAGGACCAGAAGACCCUGGAGCCCUGUGACAACACCCCCAUCAUAGACAAUAUUGCUCCUGUUGUCGCUGGCAUCUCUGCAGAGGAGAAGGAGAAGUAUGAUGAGGAGAUCUCCAGUCUCUACAGACAGCUGGAUGAUAAGGAUGAUGAAAUUAACCAGCAGAGCCAGCUGGCUGAAAAACUAAAGCAACAGAUGCUGGAUCAGGACGAGCUUUUGGCUUCCACAAGAAGAGACUACGAGAAGAUCCAGGAAGAGCUGACACGUCUCCAGAUUGAGAAUGAGGCAGCCAAAGAUGAAGUGAAGGAAGUUCUCCAGGCCCUGGAAGAGCUGGCUGUCAAUUACGACCAGAAGUCACAGGAAGUGGAGGACAAGACCAGGGCCAAUGAGCAGCUGACAGAUGAGCUGGCCCAGAAAACGACGACAUUGACAACCACACAGAGGGAGCUGAGCCAGCUACAAGAGCUUAGCAACCACCAGAAGAAGAGGGCUACGGAGAUCCUGAAUUUGCUGUUGAAGGACCUGGGGGAGAUAGGCGGAAUUAUCGGCACCAAUGAUGUGAAGACUUUGGCAGACGUGAAUGGAGUCAUUGAGGAGGAAUUCACCAUGGCCCGCCUAUAUAUCAGCAAGAUGAAGUCGGAGGUCAAAUCCCUGGUGAACCGCAGCAAACAGCUCGAGAAUGCCCAGAUGGACUCCAACAGGAAGAUGAAUGCCAGUGAGCGGGAGCUGGCUGCCUGCCAGCUGCUCAUUUCCCAGCACGAAGCCAAGAUAAAAUCCCUGACAGACUACAUGCAGAACAUGGAACAGAAGAGGAGGCAGCUGGAGGAGUCCCAGGACUCGCUCAGUGAGGAGCUGGCCAAGCUCCGAGCCCAAGAAAAAAUGCACGAAGUCAGCUUCCAGGAUAAGGAGAAGGAACAUCUGACGCGGCUGCAGGACGCAGAGGAGAUGAAGAAGGCGCUGGAGCAGCAGAUGGAGAGCCACCGGGAAGCUCACCAGAAGCAGCUGUCCAGACUUCGGGAUGAAAUUGAGGAGAAGCAGAAAAUCAUCGAUGAGAUUCGGGAUUUGAAUCAGAAACUGCAACUGGAACAGGAGAAGCUCAGUUCUGAUUAUAACAAGCUGAAAGUGGAGGACCAAGAAAGGGAAAUGAAACUGGAAAAGCUCUUAUUGCUCAAUGAUAAACGGGAACAAGCCAGAGAGGACCUCAAAGGGCUGGAGGAGACGGUGUCUCGGGAACUACAGACUCUGCAUAACCUCCGGAAACUCUUUGUCCAGGAUCUGACUGCCCGGGUUAAAAAGAGCGUGGAGCUGGACAGCGAUGACGGAGGCGGCAGUGCUGCCCAGAAGCAAAAAAUUUCCUUCCUGGAGAAUAACCUGGAGCAGCUCACGAAGGUUCACAAACAGCUGGUCCGGGACAACGCAGACCUGCGCUGCGAGCUGCCCAAGCUGGAGAAGCGGUUGCGCGCCACGGCGGAGCGCGUGAAGGCCCUGGAGAGCGCGCUGAAGGAGGCCAAGGAGAACGCCAUGCGGGACCGCAAGCGCUACCAGCAGGAGGUGGAUCGCAUCAAGGAGGCCGUGCGGGCCAAGAACAUGGCCAGGAGGGCCCACUCAGCGCAGAUCGCCAAGCCCAUCCGCCCUGGACACUACCCGGCAUCAUCUCCGACAGCCGUCCACGCCAUCCGAGGGGGAGGAGGUGGUUCUUCAAACUCCGCUCACUACCAGAAAUAAAUACGAAUACGGCUCCCUACAUAGCAUGUCCAGGACUCCGUUAAUCACCAAUUCCUUUAUUUUUUGUUUCCCCUCCUACAUGGUUUCCAUUUUCUUUUACACGUGCUUACCCCAGCCAUCUGCAGUACACUGGUUUCAGAUAUUUGAGCUGUGUAGAAUCUCUGUGUACAGACGUGUGCUUGGACUUCUCGCUUCCUGAGAAACCUGAAGGGGCCAAUCCCAGAAGAUCCACUCAAUCCUGGGAACGAGUGCCAGGGCCUAGGCUAUUGGGUGGUCUCUGGGCCAUCCUGGAGGCUCCUUCCUCCGCAGUCUGCCAUCCCAGCAAAUGCCCUAACGUGCCAUUCCCUGGGACGGGUGGGAGGUGUUGGAGGGG